UAUGUUCUAUCCUUGAAAACUCCCAACCUAAAACCCUCACACUCAUUCUCAAUUCUCAGACCUCCAUUUUCUCUCUCCUCCACAACAAUGGCGUCCACCAUAACCCGCUCUCUCACCUCCCUCCGCCCCACCACAACCACCACACUCACCUCCUUCAAACGCCUCCUCAGUUCUCUCUCCUCCACCUCCAUCACCCACCCUCCGCCCAUCUCCGCCUUCCCUCGCCCAGCUCGUCCUUCCAUCUUCAUCUCCAACUCAGUCCGAGUCAUCUCUGCAACUCGGUUCAACUCCAUCCGAUGCCGGGUCAACCGCUCUGGACCCUACUCGCCCCUCAACAACUCCGGUGGAUCCAAUUUUAGCGACCGCCCUCCGACGGAGAUUGCGCCGCUGUUUCCUGGGUGUGAUUAUGAACAUUGGUUGAUUGUUAUGGAUAAGCCUGGUGGUGAAGGUGCUAAUAAACAGCAGAUGAUUGAUUGUUAUGUUCAAACCCUAGCUAAAGUUCUUGGAAGUGAAGAGGAAGCCAAGAAGAAAAUAUACAAUGUCUCAUGUGAGAGGUACUUUGGUUUCGGUUGUGAAGUUGAUGAAGAAACUGCUAACAAAAUGGAAGGUUUGCCUGAUGUCCUCUUUGUUCUUCCUGAUUCUUAUGUAGAUGCUGAAUACAAAGAUUAUGGAGCGGAGCUGUUCGUUAAUGGUGAAAUUGUCCAGAGAUCUCCAGAAAGGCAAAGGAGAGUGGAACCAGUGCCACAAAGAAAUCAAGACAGACCAAGAUAUAAUGAUAGGACUAGGUAUCAAAGGAGGAGGGAAAAUAUGAGGUAGACUGCAUGAAUAUGGACUGAAGAGGACCUGCGCUGGCUAAUAACCUGGUUGUUUGCAAGUAAUGUGUUCGGCAUGGUCAUGCUUGCUGUCUAUCAGUAUUUGUAGUGUCGCACUAGGCUCGCAAUAGUCUAUAUGUAACUUCAGUGUCACAAUAGGUUAAAAAAAGCGUUCUUUUUGUCUCUCCUUGUGGGACUUCUAGUUGUGGAAAUGAGAACUUUUAUAUACUGUUUAGUUGAUUUAAGUAUAUUCAGUAAGGACUCGUGUAUAAAAAUUUGUUUUGCAAGACUACUACUCCGUAAUUGGUAAAAUUAAGGAGACUUAUCUAUGACUAAGGGUCUGCUCUCUUCGGCUUA